AUUUUAGUGAUGUAAGAGGCUAAAAUUUAGCAAUGUGUUACUUCCGGGUUUAAAAAUGUCUACAAAACCGCACUUAAGGCGAGCGCAAAGCUAUAACAAAAUACAGGACAUUAACAGCGAAAGUAAAAAAGAAGUCUCAAAGCCCUGUGGUAAAGUAGUGCACAGACAUGCAGAUUCACUGUUCAGUACAUCAAGUGGUUUCAACAACUAUAGAGGGCUACUUAACCUUUGCAUCAUAUUGUUGGCCUUGGCCAAUGCUAGAUUGUUUCUUGAAAACAUCAUCAAGUAUGGUAUCCUGAUAGAUCCAAUACUUUGGAUCAAGAUACUCCUAAACCAGCCGUACAGUGUGGCAAACCUUGCACUUUUAGCUGCUGCAAAUGUUUUCAUACUGAUAAUGUAUUAUACAGAGAAAGCCAUGUGUGUGAACCUGUUUUCUGAGAGGAUUGCCUUGUGUAUCCAGGCAGUAAACCUUGUUUUACUCAUUACAAUACCAGCAACUGUGAUUCUUAUCUUGGAGCCAAAUCCUUUGAUUUCUACUGUUGUGCUAGGAAUUUAUACUUCACUUUUCCUGAAACUUGUUUCAUACACUUCUGUCAACAAAUGGUGCCGGCAGUCAAGGUCACCAACAAGAACACGUAUGAGACGAGCCAAAUCUGUCAGUAUGUCCGAAGGCAACUGUAAGUUAAAUUUUCAUAGUUUUCAUAUCUGCUCAUCUCAAAAUUUGUUCAGAAUGACUGCCUCAUGUGGAAUUUCGACAUAUCUUGUCUUUCUUUUUUUUUCAGAUUUAUACUACUUUAUGUUUGCACCAACAUUAUGCUAUGAGCUCAACUUCCCAAGAUCUUUAAGAAUUAGAAAGAGGUUUUUACUGAAGCGAAUCAUUGAAAUGCUCUUUAUUAUUCAAGUAAUAGGAGCAUGCAUACAACAGUGGGUGUUGCCGCUUGUCCAUAAUUCAAUGAAACCUCUCACUGAAAUGGACGGUGCCCGUGUUGUAGAGAGGCUUCUUAAACUAGCAAUUCCAAACCAUUUUAUCUGGCUGAUGUUCUUUUACUGGUUCUUCCAUUCCACCCUCAACGUUAUUGCAGAAUUAUUAAAAUUUGGUGACAGGGAGUUUUAUAAAGAUUGGUGGAACAGUGACACAGUCAAUCAGUUUUGGUCAACUUGGAACGUACCAGUUCAUAGAUGGGCCUCAAGACAUUUAUAUAAACCAUUGGUAAGACGAGGAUAUUCUAGACUGAAUGCUUCUAUUGCUGUUUUCUUCAUGUCAGCAUUCUUUCAUGAGUAUUUAGUGAGUGUUCCACUACACAUGUUUAAACUGUGGGCAUUCAUGGGUAUGUUAGGACAGGUACCUUUAGCUUUGGUCCAAUCAAAAUAUGUCCAUGGAAAAUAUGGAAAUAUGGUUGUAUGGUUAUCGCUCAUCUUAGGUCAGCCUGUUGCCAUCCUAGCGUACUACCAUGACUUCUAUGUGAAUCAUGUGGCCUACCAGAACACAUUACCUGGAAAUACGACAUUACCAGCAACUUGAUCUAUGACUAUUUUAGCCAAUCAGAUCAGCCAUUAAAACUGUAGUUAAUUUGAACAGUUAAUCCAUCAUUUUGAAAAAGGUACUCAGGGUGUUACAUGUAUAGGAAAUAUUGACUGCAGAAUGUAUGAUAAAGUAUUUUUGUCUGUUUAUAUAUUAGCAUUGCAGUGAAUUAUGUUUUGGAAACUAGUUAGGAUUAUUGUACCCCUCGAACAAUGAAGUUGUAAGUGGGGUAUACUGGUUUCAGGAUGUCCGUCUGUCCAUCUGUCUGUAGACACAGUCUUGUGCGCACCAUCUCUCCUCAUCACCUUGACACAAUUUAAUGAUACUUAACACAAGUGAUCAGCAACAACAGAAGUUGUGCAUGGUCAUGUUAGGUUCUUUCAGAAAAAAAUUUACGUUAACGGUCAGUUUGAGACGCCCCCGACAAAAUUCCCUCUAUUUUAUACUUCUAUUCGGUGGGUCCUGCUGUCCGUGGCCAGCGGCCACUCAAAUUGCCUCCCAAAGCCUAAAAACGGCAUGCAUUAGACGGUCAGCGGUCAGUUCCGCAGCCAUGUUUAAAAUUGGAUUUAACAGGUUGCUAAAUUGCAAGCCGUGUCGAUAGCAACAGACAAGAAAUCAACCACAAAUGUUCCCCAUGAUGAGACGAUGUGUCAUGCGCAAACCCCAGACCCUUAGCUUAAAGGUCAAGGUCACAAUUGGAGGUCAAAGGUCAGCAGGGCUUUUUUCCUGUCCGAUCCAUAAUUCUGCCAUCCAUGAAGGGAUUUUAAUAUUAUAUGGCAGAAGUGUACCUCAUAAUAAGACGAUGUGUCAUGCAUGACUUUCAGACCCCUAGCUCAGAGGUCAAGGUCACACUUGGCUGUCAGAUGUUAACAUGGCUUGAACAGGGUCUGUUUCUUGUCCGGUCCAUAACUCUGUCAUUCAGUAAGGGAUUUUAAUAUCACUUGGCACAAAUGUUCCCCGUGAUGAGACGACAUGUCAUGCGGAAAUCCUCAAAGGUCAAGGUCACAAUUGGAGGUCAAAGGUCAAUUGUGCUUUUUUCCUGUCCGGACCGUAACUCCAUGAAGGGAUUUUAAUAUUACUUGGCACAAAUGUUUCCCAUGAUGAGACGACGUGUCAUGCACAAAACCCGGACCGGUAGCUCAAAGGUCAAGGUCACAAUUGGAGGUCAAAGAUCAAUAGGUUUUUAUGUCUCCGAAGAGAGGCAUAUUAGUUUUCAACUGUCCAUCCGUUCAUUAGUUAGUUCGUUCAUCACAACGUUAACUUUUUGCAUGAAGGCACUUUACUCGCGAACCACUGCACCCAGGACCUUCAAACUUCAUAUACUGAUAGUACUUAUUGAGUACACCACCCCUACUGACUUUAAGGUUACCAGGUCAGAGGUCAAGGUCACAGGGGCCAACGUUAACUUUUUGCAUGAAGGCACAUUACUCGUGAAGCACUGCACUCAGGACCUUCAAACUUCACAUGCUGAUAGUACUUAUUGAGUACACCACCCUACUGACUUUGGGGUCACCAGGUCAAAGGUCAAGGUCACAGGGGCCAAUGUUAACUUUUUGCAUGAAGGCACUUUACUCACAAAGCAGUGCACACAGGACCUUCAAACUUCACGUGCUGAUAGUACUUAUUGAGUACACCACCCCUACUGACUUACCAGGUCAAAGGUCAAGGUCACAGGGGCCAACGUUAAUUUUUUGCAUGUAGGCACUUUACUCGCGAACCACUGCACCCAGGACCUUCAAACUUCAUAUGCUGAUAGUAUUUAUUUAGUACACCACCCCUACUGACUUUGGGGUCACCAGGUCAAAGGUCACGGUCACGGUCUAACAUUAACUUUUUGCAUGAAGGCACUUUACUCGCGAACCACUUCACCCAGGACCUUCAAACUUCACAUGCUGAUAGUUCUUAUUGAGUACACUACCCCUAAUGACUUUGGGGCCACCAGGUGAAAAGUCAAGGUCACAAGGUUAAAGGUCAAGGUGUUGUGGGGGCAUUUGUCACCAUUAGUGACAGCUCUUGUUUUUUCCUGUCCGGUCCAGAACUCUGUCAUUCAUCAAGGGAUUUUAAUAUUACUUAGCAUAAAAUAUUUAUGUUCCCCAUGAUGAGAGGACGUGUCAUGCACAACACCCAGAACCCCAGCUUAAAGGUCAAGGUCACAAUUGGAGAUCAAAGGUCAAUGUGACAUUUUUCCUGUCCGGUGUAUAACUUUGUCAUGCAAAACAGGAUUUGAAUAUUACUUGGCACAAAUGUUCACCACUAUGAGAUGGAGUGUCAUGUGCAAGAACCUGGUCCCUAAGUGGAAGGUCAAGGUCACACAUAGAGGCCAAAUGUCAAAUACAAGAUGACUUUGUCUGGAACAUUUCUUCUUACUUCAUAGAGGGAUUUUGAUGUAACUUGGCAUAAUGUUCACUUACUAUGAAACGGAUUGUUGAUUGCAAGAACCAGGUCCCUAGGUCUAAGGUCAAGGUCACACUUAGAGGUCAAAUGCCAGAUUCAAGAAUGACUUUGUCUGGAGCAUUUCUUCUUCAUGCAUAGAGGGAUUUUGAUGUAACUUGGCACAAUUGUACACCAUCAUGAGAUGAAGCGUCAUGCGCCGGUCCCUUCUUUAGAAUUACUUCCCUUUGUUGUUACUAUAAAUAGCCUAUAUUGUAACUUUUUCAUUACUAGUCAUAGGGAAGAAUCAAGACCACUUUUCUGUGGUACAAUAUGCAUGUUACAUCCAAUUUUGAGGUGUAUUUUGACCUGUCUCAGGUAAGGAUUUUUGUGUGGACUUUGAAUGUUUUUUUUUUUUUUUUCAAUAUUAACUUCCCUUAGUUGUUACUAUAAAUGACUUAUAUUGUAACUUUUUUAUAAUUGACCAUAGGGAAAAACCAAGACCACUUUUUUGUAGUACAACAUAGAUGUUACUUUCAAAUUUUAGGUGUAUUUUAAGGUUUCUCUGCCUGGUGAGUUUUUUUGUGGAUUUAGAAAAACAAAAGAAUUACAAUAAUUACUACACAACCACAGAAUUAAAAUUCCAUUUGCAAAUACAGGUGCUAGUGAAAUUUGCUAUGAUGGGUGUUUAUUGUGAUAUUCUGGCACUCUUGUUUAUUUUUUACUAUAAAUAACUUAUAUGAUACCUUUUUGAUAAUUGGCCAAAAAAUGCUAUAUAAAAACUAUAGGUUUUUAUACAUACAGCCCUAUGUGGUUCUGGGACAAUCUGUGUAUGGAAAGAAUUGGAACCACUGCCUUACCCUUGCAUGAUCGUAAGAGGCAACUAAUAGGGUCUUAUACCGUCUUAACACUUGGUUUUGCAGUAACUCUGUGAUUCCAGCAGGUAUGUAAAUUUUGAUUCCAUACCUCAUGUUUUUAUUUCGAUGUAAAUGAGAUGUGGAACCAAAAUUUGUAGUCCUGUUUGGCACCAUAUAACCUAUACUGUGUUGGUGCGCCGUAAAACCCAAAUAAAUAAAUAAAUUUUAUACAUACAAAUUUUUAAUCUAAGUGUUUUGUUAUAACAUAUUGUAUAUAUAGUACAAUAUUGUUUAUACAUUAUUGACAGAUAUCAGUUCAUUAUGUUAUACUGCAGUAGAGAAAAUUAGUUGCCUUCCAGUAGGGGACUUUGUAUUGCAUGGCAAUACUUCAUUCACUUGUUUAGAUUUAGUUGAUAGUCUUAUCCCCCCUGUGUCAAAGAUCCCGGGGGCAUAUAAUGUUUGUACUGUCUGUCCGUAACACUUUCUUAUGUACUGAACUCCUCCUACAGUUUCCAUACAGUUAAAAUGAAAAUUAUUACACAUCAUAAACAUUCAUAUACAUUAUCAACUUGAAGUAGACAUGUGCAUAUUGUCGGAACUUUCAUGUCCAAUUAUUUGUUUUCAAGUUACAGCCCAUUUUUAUAUCCCCACAAAACGAAGUUUGGGGGGCUAUAUAGGAAUGAGCUGUCGGUCCGUUUGUUUUCAUGGUUCCGGACAAUAAUUCAUGAAAGGCUUGAAAGAUUUAAAUAAUUUUUGGUACACAGAUGUAGCAUCAUAAAAUACAGGUGAAGUUUGACUUUGAGGUCCAAGGUCACAAUGACCCGAAACAGUUAAACGGUCUCCAGAUGAUAACUUUAGAAUGCUUGGGCCUAGGAUCAUAAAUUUUGGUUCACAGGUGUAACAUCAUAAAAUACAGGUUACUGGUACUGAUGAUAAACCCGGACAGACGAUAAAGUCGACCGCCUUGGAAAUAUUUGAUUGCAAUCAGUUCUUUAUAAAAUUGAACACACCAUCUAAUAGUUUCCAUUUACAACACCAACUGGUGUAAAUAAAAACAAAAUUGGUAAAUAUUCUGUAUAAAUAAAUGACUUACAUUUAUCUGUAUAAAAAUAUUUAUCCAAAAUUACUGGGGAAAGAGGGUGCUUUUUUGCGCAUGCUCACUGUCGCCACAUGAAGGCCUGACAUUGGGUCAUUUUCAUUACUUGAUCAGGAAUGACUGUUCCAGCUUUUUGGGAAAGUUUCAAUAUAAUACUACGAAGAAAAUUUUGUAAAUGACAGUGUUCGAAUUUAUCAUCAGUCAACCUGCUUACAGUCCCCAUUUUACAAACCCCUUCCAGGGCCUCACUUCGUGUGAGUUUGCUAACUAAAUAUAAAUUUGAAUUAUGUAAAGUUUUCAGCAAAUGCUAAGCUUUAUUUUGAUACCGACCAUUGAUUACAAAUUGCAGAAAUAAAAAAGUUACAGAUAAAAAACCUCAUUUUCUGUUCGGGUUUAUCAUCAGUACCAGUAAGGUCGUCGGAGGGAUAUAGUUUUGGCAUUGUCCGUCCUUCCGUCCAUAGCCAUAGCUAGGAAGUGGUUGGGAAUAUUUAAAUAAAACUUCAUGCAGCCCAUCAAGUUUCAGUCCGAUUGCCAAAGUAACACCAGAGUUGUGGCCCUUACAAGUUUCUAGUGUUAACUAUAAUAUGGCAAUUUCUGCUUCAUAACUUUUGAUAUAUUUGACCUAGAACUAUGAAACUUAAACUGAAUUUAGAUCACCAUAAUGUGGUUGUGCAUACACAAUUUCGUCUGGAUUUCUUUUAGUAACUUCAGAGUUAUUGCCCUUUAAUUGUUUAUUUGUGCAUAACACACUUACCAUUUGGUAGAAUUUCAUUAAACUUCUUUCAUUUUUUUCCAUGAACAUUUAUUAUAAACAUGUGAAGUUGAAUACACACAAAAAAAAUAUUUUUUUUUUUCAUUCCUUAUUUUAGAUUUUUUUCAAACCUUCCAUGAAUAUUUAUCAACAUGCAAAGUUGUACUGUUUCCCCACCUCAUUUCUCCACCCAGAUCAUGCAUCCUCCCCCCAACCCACCCAUGCGGGAGGUCGCAGGUUUGAUCCCCAGCUGCGUCAUACCAAAGAUGUAAAAAAUGGUACUAGUAGCUACCUUGCUUGACGCUCAGCAUUAAGAGGGUAGUGCUAGGACUGGUCAGCCCGGUGUCUGUAUAAUAUGACAGGGUGGGGUAUCGUGUCACGUGUCUACGGCGUGAUAUUCCAGUGAGGCAGCACUAUAAAGUUGGACACCGUUGUUUAUAUGACUGAAAAAUUGUUGAAAAAGACGUUUUACCCGAACACACACACAUUCACCCGUUCAAAGCCCCCCCCCAAAAAAUAUUAUUUUUUUUUAGAAAUGUUCAAACCUUCAACAUGUGAAGUGGUAACCAACACCCACCCAGCCGCCAGCCAUGUUCAAGAUAUCUUACUUGAUUGUGCUCUCUUCUUUUAAAGACAAUAUUUCAUUCUAGUUACACUUCGAGCUCACAUAACUCCAUGUAAUUCUAAAAGCUAUGCUUAUUACAGUAAACAUAUUCCAUUCAAAAUAAUUUCUUUAGUCAGGAUCAACGUAACAUACAUUUAUUAUGUACACUUUAAACGUUCGUUUUCUGUUAAAUUGAUUUUGUCUAAUGAAAUUAUUUGCUUCUUAGUAGCAUCCUUAACUUUUUGCCAGAUAUAAUUUUUUGCCAUUCCUCACCACAAACCCUUUCGGAGGGGGAUGCCAGUUCAUCGAAUUUGCUUGUUCAACAUACUAUAGUACAAUUCUUGUCAGGAGUACUAGUAUUUCUCAGCAACCACUGGUUGGAAUUUAGGGAAUCUUCAUAGGAAGCUUUAUUAUCGAGAGGAGAUGCACAUAUUAUCUACAUUUUCGGUUUGGAUGAUUUUUCACCCAGUUAUUGCCCUUUGAUUAUUAAACAAUAGUAUACUAUAGUACAAUUCUUGUGCAGAGUAUUUCUCAGCAACCAUUGGUUGGAAUUUAGCCAUUCUUCAUAGGAAGCUUUACUAUCAAGAGGAGAUGCACAUUAUUACUAUCCCCCGCCAAAGGUGGAGGGAUAUAGUUUUGGUGUUGUCUGUCUGUCCUUUUAUCAAAAUAUGGGGGCAUCCUUCCAUCUGUCCGUCCGUCUAUCUUUCUGUCUGGAGCCAUAUCUUGGAAGUGGUUUGGAAUAUUUAAAUAAAACUUUAUAUACAUGUUCACCACUAUAGGGAAAUGCAAAUGCAGCAUGUCAAGUUUCUGUUAGAUUGCCCAAGUAACACCAAAGUUAUGGCCCUUAGUAGUUUCUGGUGUUAACUAUGUAGGGUACUAUAAAUACGGCAAUUUCUGCUUCAUAACUUGUGACAUAUUUGACCUAGACCUAGAAUAAAAUGUGAAUGUUCAGGUACUUCAAAGGCAUUCUGAAAGUUUAAAUUUUAAACAUUAUAUUCAAUGUUAACUCUUCUAUCAAGUAUGUUUAUAAGUUUUUUAGCUCACCUGUCACAAAGUGACAAGGUGGGUGAGCUUUUGCGAUCGCGCGGUGUCCGUGGUCCGUGCGUGCGUCCGUAAACUUUUGCUUGUGACCACUCUAGAGGUCACAUUUUUCAUGGGAUCUUUAUGAAAGUUGGCCAGAAUGUUCAUCUUGAUGAUAUCUAGGUCAAGUUCGAAACUGGGUCACAUGCCUUCAAAAACUAGGUCAGUAGGUCUAAAAAUAGAAAAACCUUGUGACCUCUCUAGAGGCCGUAUAUUUCACAAGAUCUUCAUGAAAAUUGGUCAGAUUGUUCACCUUGAUGAUAUCUAGGUCAAGUUCGAAACUGGGUCACGUGCCUUCAAAAACUAGGUCAGUAGGUCUAAAAAUGGAAAAACCUUGUGACCUCUCUAGAGGCCAUAUAUUUCACAAGAUCUUCAUGAAAAUUGGUCAGAACGUUCACCUUGAUGAUAUCUAGGUCAAGUUCGAAACUGGGUCACGUGCCUUCAAAAACUAGAUCAGUAGGUCAAAUAAUAGAAAAACCUUGUGACCCCUCUAAAGGCCAUAUUUUUCAUGGGAUCUGUAUGAAAGUUGGUCUGAAUGUUCGUCUUGAUGAUAUCUAGGUCAAGUUCGAAAAUGGGUCACGUGCGGUCAAAAACUAGGUCAGUAGGUCUAAAAAUAGAAAAACCUUGUGACCUCUCUAGAGGCCACAUAUUUCAUGAGAUCUUCAUGAAAAUUGGUCAGAAUGAUCACCUUGAUGAUAUCUAGGUCAAAUUUGAAAGUGGGUCACGUGCCAUCAAAAACUAGGUCAGUAGGUCAAAUAAUAGAAAAACCUUAUGACCUCUCUAGAGGCCAUACAUAUUUUUUAUGGGAUCUGUAUGAAAGUUGGUCUGAAUGUUCAUCUUGAUGAUAUCUAGGUCAAUUUCGAAAGUGGGUCAUGUGCCUUCAAAAACUAGGUCAGUAGGUCAAAUAAUAGAAAAACCUUGUGACCUCUCUAAAGGCCAUAUUUUUCAUGGGAUCUGUAUGAAAAUUGGUCUGAAUGUUCAUCUUGAUGAUAUCAAGGUCAAGUUCGAAACAGGGUCAUGUGCGGUCAAAAACUAGGUCAGUAGGUCUAAAAAUAGAAAAACCUUGUGACCUCUCUAGAGGCCAUACUUGUGAAUGGAUCUCCAUAAAAAUUGGUCAGAAUGUUCAUCUUGAUGAUAUCUAGGUCAAGUUUGAAACUGGGUCAACUGCGGUCAUAAACUAGGUCAGUAGGUUCUAAAAUUAUUAAAAUCUUUUGACUUCUCUAGAGGCCAUAUUUUUCAAUGGAUCUUCAUGAAAAUUGAUCUGAAUGUUCACCUUGAUGAUAUCUAGGUCAGUUUCGAAACUGGGUCACGUGCGGUCAAAAACUAGGCCAGUAGAUAUAAAAAAAAGAAAAACCUUGUGACCUCUCUAGAGGCUAUAUUUUUCAUGACAUCUUCAUGAAAAUUAGUGAGAAUGUUCACCUUGAUGAUAUCUAGGUAAAGUUCAAAACAGGGUCACGUACCUUUGAAAACUAAGUCAAUAGGUCAAAUAAUAGAAAAACCUUGUGACCUCUCUAGAGACCAUCUUUUUCAAUGGAUCUUCAUGAAAAUUGGUCAGAAUUUUUAUCUUGAUAAUAUCUAGGUCAAGUUCAAAACUGGGUCACAUGAGCUCAAAAACUAGGUCACUAUUUCAAAUAAUAGAAAAAACGACGUCAUACUCAAAACUGGGUCAUGUGGGAAGAGGUGAGCGAUUCAGGACCAUCAUGGUCCUCUUGUUUUUAUAGUUAAAAGUUUCUUGUUCGUACGAAUUGUAUGAAUUUUCUAAGGCGGAUAAUAAUUGAUAUGAUAAGUCAGAUAAUUAAGAAAUAAAUAUUGAAAUACUUACUUUCUACAAAUCAUGUUGAAUAUUAAUCCAUACAGUUGCUCUAAAUGUCUGCAAAACUCACACAAAUGUAUCAAAUUACCAUGAGAAUGUGUAAACAUCUCUGCGAGUUGCGUGUGUCUAACUGAGCUACAUGUGUAAAGUUCAGUGCUGGGUCAGAUUUCGUAACUAAUGUUCCCAUUUUGAUCCAGGUAUAUCAUCUGACAUCAUAGUUUAAAAUUGAGCCAAAAUGAAAUUCUUGCCCCAGACCAAUUCAGUUUGUUAAAUGCAUACUAAUAACUACUCAUUCCCUUGGUUACAGGUCGGAUGUUUUGGUUAUUUUUAUUUAUUCAGACAUAGUUUUAUAGAAGUGCCUGUUCAACCUAUACUUAACAGCUACAUCGUGUAAAAUAGAAUUGAAAUUAUGAUUUUGUGUUAAACACAAAUGUGUCCAUUCAAGAAACGAGUUCAUCAUUGGAAAAUAUAAUUGUGUUUUUGCUGCGAAAUAUUAAAAAAAUCCGACAUGUAUCCAAUGUCGCUUAAAUGUCUACUACCAGUGUCUGUUAGACGUCGUGGUUUCAACAUCUUUUCGACGUUGCAUUUAGGUCGCCGAGGUCGUGACCUAAAUCAAACCAAUAUCCAACGCUGAUUUGACGUCUACUACUGACGUCUGUUAGACGUCGGGGUUUCAACGUCUUUUUGACGUUGCAUUUAGGUGGACAACGUCGCGACCUAAAUUCAACCAAUAUCCAACAUCGAUUCAACGUCGUAUGCCUGCUGGGAGUGUAGGUAUACUUUACAGGUGAACGACAGGUAAUGUCUGAUGACCAUAAAGGAAGGAAUUUUUUCUGUGACUACUUAUAGCGCAGUUAUGGCUCUUUGAUAGUUUUGCUAUAUAAAAUAUAAAGAAAAAUCUUGUGUGUCCAACAUUUUACUCCUCCCUCACUAUUAGCUGGAUUUGCUUCAAACUAUCACAGAUGAAUAAACUUGAUGUGCCAUUGACCAUAAAGAAAGGAAAUUUUCUGUGAUUAUUUUUACUGCAGUUAUGGCCCUGAUAGUUUUGCUAUAUAGAUUAUAUAAUAUAUAUAUAGAGAGAGAGAUUAUAUAGAGAAAAAUCUUAUGUGUCCAGCUCUGGAAACACUAUUGAAAGGAUAUGCUUGAAAGUUUCACAGUUGAAGGACCUUCAUGUGAAGAUGACCAUAAAUGACAGACCUUUCUCUGUGGGCAUUUUUUCUAGGCUCUUUCUUAAUAAAAACUUUGUCAUUUAGAGGAUAGCACAGUAUGUUGGGGCAUCCUUGUCCUGUGGACACAAUUCUAGUUCUCUUUAUCUCUGUAACUAUGGGAUGGAUUUGCUUCAAACUUAAAAUAGUUAUUCUUCAUCAUCAUCUGGCACAAGGGCCAUUACUCUUGACCAAUAUUUCUUGAUUAUCCCCCUUAGAUUUUCAGGUUAAAGUUUUGGUACACUUACACUCUAUCUCAGUUAUUACUAAAUGGAUUGAUUCAAACUUAAAACAGUUGUUCCAAAUAAUCACCCACAUCAUAUGACACAAUGUCCAUAAGUCUUGCACCAAUUUUUCAUGGAUUAUGGCCCCUUUUUACUUAGAAUUUUAGGGUAGUUUUAGUGCUAUAUCUCUGUGAUUACAGAAAGGAUUUGAUUCAAACAUGAAACAAUUGUUCCACAUCAUUUUGCACAAGGCUCAUAACUGUGGCACCAGUAUUAUAUGAAUUAUGCCCUCUUUUAGGUAAAAUUUCAGGUUAAAAGUUUUGAUGCACUUUCAGUCUAUAUCUGUUAUUACCAAACAAAUUGAUGCACACUUAAAAUAGUUGUACCACGUUAUCACCCACAUCAUAUGACGCAAGAGCCAUAACUCUGGCAUCAAUAUUCUGUGAAUUAUGCCUCCAUUUUACUUAGAUUUUCAGGUUAAUGUAAUAAUAAUAAUUAUUAAGUCUUUAUUUAAGGAGGAAGCAUACUUGCCACAGGAAUCUUCUGUAUGGGUCUCAACAUAAUAACAUAAUACAUUUUACAUAUUUACAACAUGAACAAAACAGAUACAUUUUACAACAGUACAGAACAAAAAUGAUUUAUUUUAAUUUUCAGUUUGUCCAACAAGGAAACUUCCAUUGGAUAUAUUUUCUUUUGAAUUCUGCUGUAGAUGCAGAAGAUCUUACAUGUAGAGGAAUGUCAUUCCACAGUUUUGGUCCUGAAUAAUUUAGUUGAUUUUCUGAAAAAUUCUAAAUUUGGUUUUGGAAUAUAAAGUUGUUGCUGUGAUGAUCUGAGUUUGUUUUUAUUAACAUAUUUGAAUUUAUUCUUUAAGUAGUUUGGACAGUUUUGAGGUUCUGUUUGCAAUGCUUUAUAGACUGUUACAGCUUUUUAACUCACCUGAGCACGAAGUGUUCAAGGUGAGGUAUUGUGACCGGUCAUUGUCUGGUGUCCGUCGGCGUGCGUCGCCUGCACAAUUUGCCUUGUGAAGACUCUACAGGCCACAGUUGUGACCCAAUCUUUAUGAAACUUGGUCAGAAUGUUUGUCUUGGUGAUCUCUAGGUCAAAUUCGAAUCUGGGUCAUGUAGGGUCAAAAGCUAGGUCACCCGGACAAAUCAAAGGAAAAGCUUGUGAACACUCUAGAGGCCACAGUUAAGACUCAAUCUUUAUGAAACUUGGUCAGAAUGUUUGUCUUGAUGAUCUCAAAGUCAGUUUCAUAUCUGGGUCAUGUGGGAUCAAAAACUAGGUCAGUAGGCCAGAUCAUAGGAAAAGAUUGUGAACACUAGAGGCCACAGUUGUAACCCAAUCUUUAUAAAACUUAGCCAGAAUGUUUGUCUUGAUGAUCUCUGGGUCAAGUUUGAAUCUGGGUCCUGUGGGGUCAAAAACAAGGUCACGCGGUCAAAUCAAAGGAAAAGCUUGUGAACAGUAGAGGCCACAGUUGUGACUCAAUCUUUAUGAAACUUGGUCAGAAUGUUUGUCUUGAUGAUCUCUAGUUCAAGGUCUAAUCUGGGUCAUGUGGGGUCAAAAACUAGGUCACCAAGUCAGAUCAAAGGAAAAGCUUGUGAAUACUCUAGAGGCCACAGUUGUGACUCAAUCUUUAUGCAACUUGGUCUAUAAAUAGAAAAACCUUUAAACAACUUUUUCUAAUGAACUGCUUAAUGGAUAUUUAUCAAACUUGGUCUGUAAUAAGGUCCUCUCUAUAGUAAAUGGAGGGACUUGAGAGCUAAAAACAGAAAUACCUUUAAAAAAUUUCUUCUUAUGAACGAGUGGAUGGAUCUUCAUAAAACUUAGUCAAUAGCAUCAUUAUAAAGUCCUCACUUCAAUUUUGUUCAAAUGGGGGCACUUGGCCCCUUUUAUCAACCACUAGAGCUAAAAAUAGAAGUAUCUGUAAACAACUUCUUCCCAUGAACUGCUUGAUGGAUCUUCAUCAAACUUUCUCGGUAUCAUCAAUAUAAGGCCGUAUGCCAAAUGUAUUCAACUUGGGGCACUUUGUCCCUUUUAGGGGCCACCAGAGCCAGAAAUAGAAAAAUAUUGAAACAACUUCUUAUGAUCAAGUUUGUUCUGCAUUUUUGGGCUGUCACAGCAAAAUAUAGAAAACAAAUUUGAAAUAACUUUUGUUUUAAUGAACUGUUCACCAAACUUGGUUAGAAACAAGGUCAUAUGGUCGAAGUCCUCUUCAGGUGAGCGCAUUAGGCCCAUUUGGGCCUAUUGUUAACCUUAAUAUACUGCUUGGACAGAAAUAUGCAAAUUUAGAAAUGUGUCACACAGUUAAUCUUACACGCAAUGACUGUGUUCAUAUUUAAUCCAAAUGUAUAUUUUUCGUACUAACAUUAUAAAUUGUCAAGUAUUUUUGCUUCACACUAUUCUGCAAAAAUGAAUAUAUAUAUCUAAAAAGGUAACGAUUACUGAUGCUUCGCGGGUAAGAUUGACCCAAUUAGCUGUUGAAACCUGACAACAAACAACUGAACACUCUCACAAAUUUUGAUGGGCCCAUCCAGUUCAAAGGAAUAAAGUUUGACUGCACAUAUAUUGUUCUUAGUCUUAAUGUUACAUCUGAAAUGACCAUACAGUUGUCUAUUUCAAAAUUACAGUUUGUAUCAAUCACACACUUGUAUACUGUUCAUGCUUUAUGAUACCCAGUUGUCGUAUACUUGUAUGUUCAUACAGUACUUUAUGACACCCAUUUUUCAUAUACUUGUGUAUGUACAUACUGUAGUUAUACCCAGUUAUGGUAUACACUGACGAGAUACGAAAACGCAACAAACAUAUGUUUGAAUAUAUUUUGUACUACAAAAAGGAUCACCAUGAAAUGUUCAACACAUACACAUCUCGAUACUCUAUACCCAUUGUGUUAAUUAUACGGUCUGUUAUGCUGAUUAUAUUUGAACACAAUUGGUAUAGAUGUUGAUAAGAGUGAUUGUAGAGAUGCUGAUAAGAGUGAUUGAAGUGAUGUUGAUAAGAGUGAUUGAAGUGAUGUUGAUAUUAGUGAUUGUAGUGAUGUUGAUAAGAGUGAUUGUAGUGAUGUUGAUAAAGGUGAUUGAAGUGAUGUUGAUAAGAGUGAUUGUAGUGAUGUUAAUAAAGGACUAUUAAAGCUUAUUUUGCUGGAAUUAUUCCCUUUCUGUUUGUUUUAAGUGAUAUUUUAUAGUUUGUUAUUGGCUCUGAGUGAAACUUAUUGCUAGUCUUAAUUUUGUAUAUAUAAAAUGAACACGAGAAAAGAGAGUGAUUAGCUCCUAAAAUUUAAUGUUACUACAUAAAUGCUUUAUAAAUUAUACCGGCAUAUUUACAAAUAAAUAAUACACAAUGCA